AAAUGGGGACGGAGUAGCUUCCUGUGACGUACUUCCGGGUUCGGUAGAGUCGGCGUGUGUGUGUUUUGAAUGUUUUCUUUCUUGUAAGAGAACCAGGUGUGUGUUUUCUGUGAAAGACCGACAGAGAGAGGCCGAGAUAUGAAUGCUGUCUUUAGAAAGUUGCAGGUGUCUGUCACACAACAGGCAUUUGUGUUGAACCAAGCACUGACAUCAUGCCGGGCCACACCAUCCAUCCAGCAUCCUGUUUGGGGUUUUGUCAACGAACGGCAAUACAAAUCCAUGCCAACACACGGGAUUGGGAGGUGGAGACAUCUUUUACCUAAAGACGCAGUAAGACUACCAAAGAAAAAGAAAGACAAACACCAGAUGAAAGAGAUCCUGGCCGAGACGGACACGGCAUACGGGACUCUGAACGUGAAAGUGUCGGGUUAUGACAUGACUCUGGUGGAGCAUUACUCCCAGUACAUCCACAACCUCUGCAACCGGCUCGGCAUCAAAGUGGCAGAAAGCUAUGCUUUACCCACCAAGACCACGGAGGUCAUGCUGAUGCAAGAGCAAGGCACCAAGAUGUACGUUGAUGCCAUCCUGAAGACGCAUGAGCGAGUGGUCCAGUUGAGGAGUCUGAACGCCGCAGCGUGUCCCGUUUUCAUAGACGUUCUUAUGAAGAAUCAACCAGAGGGAGUUCAGCUCUCUGUGAAAGAGCACACCGAGGCUGAUUUCCAGGCGCGGUUCAAGGGCCGUCCAGAGCUGGAGGGGCUCAUCGCUCAGAUGAGCCAUUAGGACCUGUGACAUUCUCAAGUCUGAUCUUUGCGACUUCCAAAACUGUAUGUGACACGGAGGAUGCUCCUUGUUUUCCUGUUUGAUUUUCUUUAUUUAUUCCCUGGCAUUUCUUAACUGAAUGCCGUCAAAAGUGAUCAUUUGCAUAAAAAAAAACUGUACACAUUCAUAUUUGACAUUCUUUUGUGACCUCUGGAAAAUAAAACCCUGCCUAUUUUCUUUCCAAA